AUGAAACCAUCGAUGAAUAAACCACAAAUAAUAUUAUUUUGCUUGGUGUUGAUGAAAGCAUUAGUAAUUACACAUACCAACGGUUCACCAACGGAAGCGGAAGAUGACAGAUGGAUUUGGGGCUAUACUACUGUUGAUAAACCAAAUGACAAACUUAGUGAAAGGAUAAAUACAGCACCUCGGAAGAACCCAUGCCGUCCUCCACCGAAGGUUCCGGACUUCAGAGCGCCUGGUCGACGAAUAAGCGACGUGAAAUGUCUUGAAUACAUAUGGGAUAUCAAAGAGAGAGAGAAUAAAGUGACAAGAGCGAUCGCAUGUCGUGAUUAUCUCAAUUCCAUAAAUAAUAAAACGCGCAGUUACGGUAGCGGCGGUGGUGGUGUAGGUGGUCGCAUUACAGAACCAGGAGAGUUCCCUCAUAUGGGCGCCAUCGGCUGGAAAUCCUCGUUUGGAAAGUGGGUGUUCAAGUGUGGAGGUUCUCUAAUCAGCAAAACGUAUGUAUUGACCGCGGCGCACUGCUCUAAGGCUUCUGCAAGUGACACCACCGUCGCCGACGUUGAUCCCAAGAUUGUGAGGUUGGCCGACAAAAACAUACUGGAAAAGGACGAGCAAGGAGUCAAUCCAGCUCAUUUUGACAAGAAAAUUAUAAGAAUUAUUAAUCACCCGGACUACCGACCACCGAAGAAAUAUAAUGACAUAGCCCUCAUAGAAUUGGAACCGGGAUUGUUCAUUACUAGUUUUAUACAACCAGCCUGCCUAUUAGCCAUUUCUGACGAUCGGCUGGUGGGUUCAAAGGCUGUUAUGACAGGAUGGGGCGUAGUCGAAACAGUGAACCACACGACGUCUCCUGAGCUGCAAGCUGUAACGCUGGACGUCCUCGACAAUAAUUUGUGCGACAACCUGCUGCGGCCGUCCUGCAACCGGCACUGGUGUGGCCUGCAGGAACACCAGAUGUGCGCGGGAGUGUUAGCGGGCGGCGCAGACGCUUGCCAAGGUGAUUCGGGAGGUCCUUUGCAGAUAGAAUUUCCCCUUAUACAAAAAAAGAACUGUACAUCGCUCCCUGGCUAUUGCAAAAGACGAAUGCAUGUUGUGAUUGGUGUGACGUCAUUCGGAGUGGGCUGCGCUCUACCCAACCUGCCUGGCGUCUACACCAGGGUCUCCAGCUACCUCGACUGGAUCGAAGGCAUCGUCUGGAAAUAAAAUGUACUAAUACAUAAUGUUGCU